AUGGGCGGUCUCGCAGAUACAAUACACGAUCGUGGUCAACUGGAGGAGGCCGAAAAGAUGAGACGAGAGGUGCUUGAUAUGCGUAUCGAGCUCCUUGGCGAACGCCACCCUGAUACUGUCACGGCGACAAGCAACCUCGCACUUACGCUCUACAGCCUUGGCCAAUUAGUGGAGGCAGAGAGGUUGGCGCGACAGGCCCUGAAUAUGUUUACUGGGCUCUUUGGGCGACACCAUCCUCACACUAUGGGCACGAUGGCUAACCUUGCAGUGACCUUGCAAGACCUUGGUCAGCUGGAUGAAGCGAAGAAUCUGGAGCGAGAGGUGCUUGAAGUACAGAUCAAGCUUUUUGGGGAACGCCAUCCUGACACCCUGCGGGCAAAAGGCAAUCUCGCUGAGACGCUACGUCAGCUUGGUCAUAUAGAGGAGUCAGAGAAGAUGGAGCAAGAGGUUCUCGAUGCACGCAUCGAGCUCCUUGGAGAACGUCACCCCGACACCGUCACGGCGACAAGCAAUUUCGCGCGUACGCUUCACAGCCAUGGUCAAUUGGAGGAGGCGGAGAGGUUGGAGCGACGGAUAGUUAAUAUGCGUACUGAAAUUCUUGGACGGCGUCACACUGACACUAUAGUGGCUCUGGGUAACCUUGCAGCUACGCUAUGGGACCGUGGUCAGCUGGAUGAAGCAGAGAAGCUAGAGCGCGAGGUACUUGGCACACAGAUCGAGCUUCUUGGGGAACGCCAUCUCGACACAUUGCUGGCAAAGGGCAAUCUCGCUGAGACGCUACGUGGCGGCGGUCAGCUAGAGGAGGCCGAGAGGCUGGGACGAGACGUGCUUAAUACACGUAUUGAACUCUUUGGGCAACGGCACCCCGAGACCAUCACGGCGAUGGGUAACCUGGCGGUUACACUCGGCGACUGUGGUCGCCUGGAGGAGGCAGAAAGUUUGGGGCGACAGGUAGUCGAUAUGCGCACAGAACUCGUUGGACGGUGCCAUCCCGACACUGUGUUGGCGAUUGAAAACCUUGCAGUUACUCUGCGUAAUUCUGGCAAGCUGAAGGAGGCUGAGAAGUUGGAGCAAGAGGUGAUUGAUAUGGGUAAUGAAUCUUUUGAGUGA